AUGCGCUUUUCUACUCUCUUCCUCUUCGGCGCCUCCCUCGCUUCUGCGCAGUACGCCCACCGACAAUUAGCCCCAGAGGAACUGGAACGCAUCAAUGGAGGCGCGAACAUCGACCAAUCCCAGAAGCAGGGCCAGAACUCCAAUCACAACAGGGUUGGCAACUACGAUGAGAACGAAGACUAUAAAAAACCUGCCUCAAGUCCUCACACACCAAUCCACGCCCCAGCCCCUGGGUACGGUUACAAUUACCCAGGCCCGGCGGUAUCUAGACGUCUCGCUGCACGCCGCAACGUUCCAAUCCACCAGGCUCGCACUCCCGAUCAAGCCCCGGGAUCUGCAUCCCAACACCAGUCCCGAGAUCAGUACCCGCGGAGGCACCAUACAGACUCUCUUCUUAGCCCAGACGUCGACGACGUCUCGGGUGGUAUAGCGCCAAUUAACCCACUAAGCCCUGGUUCGCAGGUCGCGCCUCCUCCACUCAUUGGCAGGCCUUCUUUUGGCAAGGACGAGGGUAAUACUUUCUGUGUUGGGCAGUGUUUUGCUGAUGAGAGUGAUGCGAAUUGUGGGAAGCCUUACGCUGAGGCUGUCUAUAAGCCGGCUAAGGAGUGCUAUAUGUGCUGCUUUACUUCUUCUGAUUUCUAG